ACUAGUGCCAAAAUGAAUUGUACUGUGAAUUUGAUUGGAUGGCAUUUAUAAAAUGGAAUAAGAAUUUAAUGAAUUGGCAAUCUCUUUGAAGUCAGACAAUUCCAGAAUUGAAAAGUCAAAAAUCAGGAAUAAAUGGCUAAACUAUCUUGGGGUCAUCAAGGAUAGACUUCUCUUUGUAAUUGGAUGUGAGCUUAUUAAGCCAAAUAAAAAUUACACCAAGUGAUAAAGACAGAAAAUCUAAUGAAAACUGGUGAUUUAAUAUGUCUCCAAACAAAUGGACCAUUAGAUGUAGAAUGAGUAAAUUAUGUUGAAAAUGAGAAAGAGGAAGUGUAUAUUAAUUACAAACAAGAUCAGCACUGCAAUAAACAAACAUGGCAUUUCAUGUCUCAAAAUUACUGACUUUUCGUAAGAUUUUGUCGGAAGUUAAUCAACUUUUAUUUCAAACAUUUUUUGAUUCUUUCUACAUGAGCUGGAGGAUGAGGGUUGCAUACCUUGAGGGUAUAUGUGAGUUCUCUAAAAGAUUUUCUGAUUCGACAAAGCAAAACUGGUUUUCAAAGUUUAUUCAGAAGUUUGUUCUGUAGGAAAGAGAUACUGAUGUGUAUGUUAUAAAGAAUAGAUAGCAAGUCAAGGAAUCUUCUCAUGAUGCAGAGUCUAUGGCAGAGCAAACUACUAAAAUAAGCAAAUAGCAAAGAUUGAUAGAGCUAGAGAAUACAAAUGCAUAUACAUAUGUAGAUCUAUACAUGUGUGACAUAUAUACAGAAAACGAGUGUCAACGUUUGAUAUCAGUAUAAUACGAACUUUGUAAACAAAAAGAAUAUCAUAUUUACAUUGAGGAUUGAUUGACGUAUCAACAAUGCAUCACCUGAGAAUCUACAUAGUUCAUGUACAGGUGUGUAAUAAUGAUUGAUGCUUCACAAGACUAACAUCAAAAUAAAUGAGAAAUCAGAGACAAUCACUGACAACUCCAGGAAGAAAUGAGGCUUAUAAAAAGAUGAGUUUGAUUCUGAUGUCAGAUUGACCCUUAUAUACUACCUGUUAUGUAAAACUUGUGUAGUGAGACUGGAUCAGAUAUAACCGAAUGUUCUUGUGCAGUCUAUCCAGAUCAAAAUCGUAACUCAACGUUAUUUUCAGAUUGAGUUCUGAUUUAAAUUGUUAGGCAAUUUGCUGUGAAACCCAGUAAAUGGGAAGAACAUAAGAGCACUUUGUACCAUCUGUAUAAUGCCUGGAUGCUUAAUUAGAGGUGGGAACCCUUUCUAUACAAAACUAAUUUUUCAAUCUUCAAAUAACUCCGAGAUAAAAUCAAUGAACAUGUGAUAUUAAUUUGGAUCAGUUAAACUGUAAUUUCCAAGUAUUUUGGUAUUGGUGAGAAUUUAGAUGUAAAUCGUUGAUGAUAUUUAUAUUGAUAUUUAAGUGAAGUACAAGAGAAGUUUUACUGGAAUUUGUAACUUUCUGGUUGAAUUCUCCUUCAAGUAUGUGAUGUAAUGUGAAUAUAGCACUCGAAAUAUCCCUCCUUGAAUCCACUCCCUUCUGUGGUGCAUCUACUGCAGGUGUACAAAUGAAGAACAAAGUGUUAAACCUUUCAUUUGUAUUGAUUGAAUAAUGGAUUUUACCUGUAAUUGGCUAUUAAAAGCAACUGAGAUCGUGAUAUGAUGUAGUUUCUUCAGAUUGAAUCAAUUGGAAAUUUUGAAACAAUUCAUUAUGGCAUCUAGUAGCUUAGAUUUCCUCAGACCUUCCAAAGAAAGAAAACCAGAAAAAGGAAAAAAAUCAACAAGGCGGAAACAUAUUGACGAGACCAGACAUGGUGUUAAUGUAAAGCAAAUGCCAGACAAUAAGUGUGGGGCAAAUAGUAAGGAACUCAUUUCAGGUAUUGGAAUUCAAAGAGCAACAGGGAUUGCAAUAAAACCAGUGAUAAACAAUAAUGUUUCCAAGAAUGAAUGUGCAAAUAAGGAACUAAAUCAUGUGAGGAAUAUCUAUCAACCUCAAAGAACCCCAUCCUUCUUAAGGACUCAAUCUUUUGAACAUACUCAUAAGGCAUCAAUCAUCCCAAAGGCAUCGCAUCAUAGGAAAAGUCAGAGUUUGAAUCUGCAAGUGGUCAAAGCUCAACAGAGAAGAUCUAGGGAUCCAAAUGAUCCAUGGUUCACACAUGAUGAGUUAAUAGCCCAAAGUCUGUUGAGCUAUAAACAAACGAUUGAUCAACUUCAUGAUAAAAUGACUAAACGCAAAAGCGAUGAUGUGUCCAUACACUAUAAAAUUGCUGUUAAUGAUUCUAAUAACCCAUCAAAUAGUAAAGAACAGACCCAGUCAUCAUCCACAAGCUCUCCCUUGGUACCAUUCAAACUAAAACAAGAUACAGGAGAGAAAGAAACACCCAUGCAUCGAUUAAAUGGCCAUAUUCCUGGAGAACAGAUUUCCAGUAAAGAUGAAAUAGAGGCAAUAUCACCAGUUGAGGAUACAUCAACUAUUGAUGAUGACAAUAAUACACUGAUUGAUACAAUUGCACAAUCCAGUGUAUAUACACAGACUGUCAGUAACAGGGACAUACAGAGCAUAAGUGAUAACAUCAUAUCCCCUCCUGUCUCUCCCAAGUACAGAUCAACUCCAAACCAUUCCAAAUUACGCUCAUUAGACAAAACAAAGCUCCAAGAUCUUUCUAACAGUUUCUCCAUACCACCUAACAUGCAGGAUUUGGAUUUAGACAGUACAUUAGAUUUUAGAUACCCAAAUAGAUAUGACGUUGAAGAACAAUUCAAUGAUGACCAUCCAUCUUACGCAAGAAAUGAUGAGAUGGCAGCUGUGUAUGAUACAGGAGUUAAAGAAUGUGAGUUGUCAACCUUUGAGAGAGGGUUGGUAUCUACUAGCAGAGCUACUCUAACAUACCAGUCUGACCUUG